AUGUGGAUAUUUCAGCUAUUCCAGCUAUUUGGGCUACCGCAGCCUUGGAGAUGUCCCAGCUAUUCCAGCUAUUUGGGCUACCGCAGCCAUGGAGAGGUCUCAACUAUUCCAGCUAUUUGGGCUACCGCAGCCAUGUGGAUAUUUCAGCUAUUCCAGCUAUUUGGGCUACCGCAGCCUUGGAGAUGUCCCAGCCAUUUCAGCUAUUCGGGCUAUCGCAACCAUGGAGAUGUCCCAGUUAUUUCAGCUACUUGGGCUACCGCAGCCAUGGGGAUAUUUCAGCUAUCCCAGCUAUUUGGGCUACCGCAGCCAUGGAGAUGUCUCAGUUAUUUCAGCUGUUUAGGCUAUCGCAACCAUAAGGGUAUCUCAGCUAUCGCAGCCAUGGAGAACUCUCAACUAUUCCACCUAUUUGGGCUACCGCAGCUUUGGAGAUGUCUCAGCUAUUUCAGCUAUUUGGGCUAUCGCAGCCUUGGAGAUGUCUCAGCUACUCCAGCUAUUUGGGCUACCGCAGCCAUGGAGAGGUCUCAGCUAUUCCAGCUAUUUGGGCUACCGCAGCCAUGGAGAGGUCUCAACUAUUCCAGCUAUUUGGGCUACCGCAGCCAUGCGGAUAUUUUAGCUAUUCCAGCCAUUUGGGCUAUCGCAACCAUAGAGAUGUCCCAGUUAUUUCAGCUACUUAGGCUACCGCAGCCAUGA